GCUCGACAUUCAAGAUGGCCGCUAUAAUCUCUUUCAAGGAACUUUAACAACUAGGGCUUAUUCUUUCCAUCUCGUUCUUCUUUUAUAAAUGUCUGCUCACAAAAAGUGAGAUUAAGAUGCAGAUUAUUAAUCUGUGUCACCACAAUUAAGGGAAUAUUCGGUGAGAGAUGAAAUUUCUGUGUUUGAGUGCGACGAGAAUUAUGUUUCCAAGGGGACAGCACUCAAAGUAUGUCAGGAAUUGACAGAAAUCCGCGAAAGAACGUUUUAGAGAGGCUAAGGGACAGAGAAAGAAGUAGGGACUGGUCUGCCUUUGACAAGCCCUACAGAAAUCGAUCAUGGUCCGCAGAUUCCAAUACUACAUGGGAGAAAAUUGUCCCUCCAAGGAAACCAACAAGCCCUGCUUACCUCCCUAAACUCAAAAACCGGCCAGCCUCAGUGGAUUCAGAUUAUAAUCAAGAUUUGAAGCGUGGAAGCCUGAGUGUCAUUCCUCCAUUGCCUGCUGGACAGCAACAUGGUGUACCCAAAAGGUAUGAUCCAACCAAAAGAAAAAAUUCAAGACAAGAAAAUCAGGCCUUUCAAAGUCAUAAUGGCAGUUAUCCAUAUGCAGUUCGGCCAUCUUACUACCCCCACCCACCUGAAGGACCCCCUUUCCACCCCCCUAUGAUGUACCCGGUUCCCAUGAUCCCAGUGCAUCCUGGGUAUGCUUCUUGGCUUGUACCCCAGCAAGGCUUUAAUGGAGUCAACAGUGGUCCUUUUAAUGCUCAUUAUGCUGAAAGACCACCUCACCAGUUAUCGCGAUCUCAAGCAGCAGUUGUCAUCCAGAAAUAUCACAGAGGCUGGCAAGUUAGAAAGGGUCCUCACUUUGCACUCUGGCGCCACAUGUGUAAUGAGAAAUUUUCAAGAAAAUUUGUAGAAGAUUUGAUUGACAGCUUUCUGAUAGAAGAAAUUGUUCCAGAUGUCUUGAUUGAUGUUUUGGUUGGUAAAAAAUUCUUGUCUGUUCAAGAUCCUAGAUACAAAGUCAGUGAGUGGGUCUGCAGGGAAAUCAUUGAUCAAGAGGUUACUGCCUUUAUUUGUGAGGUCACCCUUGGGGUCUAUUAUUCUCAUGGAGGAAUUGCCUAUUCCAGACAAGAUCCAUCUGUAAAAGUGUGUGACAGUAUCAUUGGUGAAGUUGUACAAGAAUUUGCUGGGCAACUUGUGCGCUCUUUGGUGGAGGAAAUGGUCUUGGGUCACAUGGCUGUAAUUAAAGCUGGCGACUGGCUAGAGAAUUUCAUAUUAGAAACAAUUGAACCGAUGCUUCCAGUAGUGGUCACUGAGGCCGUGAGUGGAUUCCAGAACGAUGACCCACUUGAUGACAUUAUCGAUGAGGUCAUAGCGUCUGAAUUAAGACAAGUCGUUAUCGAUGCUUGGCAGGAAUUGAUGGAGGUUGACAAAGAAAAACAAGUGAAAAAGCUCUCUGUUUACGCAGAGGAUCACCUUUUAGACUCAAUGUGUCUACAGCAUCUUUUGAGUCAGUUGGCCGGUGAUAAUUUGUCCUUUCAUGUUAGAAAUUAUACACAACAGGCUUUAGACGGCACGUUAUGUGGAUUGCUGAUCCGUAAUUAUUUAGCCAUGAAUGAUCAACUGGAAGCGACACGGGGCAACGCUACCGUAAAAGAAUUUCAUGAAGAGGUUUUCUGUGAUGUG